CUCGCUCGCCUCGCGCACUCCGGGCGCCCUCGCUCUCGCGCUCUCCGAGGCAAGCGCGCUCCCGGCCGGCGCGCUCCGGGCUCCGGCUUCUCCCGGCUCCUGUCAGUGCGGUGACUGCGCUGGGAAACAUGGCGACCGAGGGAAUGAUCCUCACCAACCACGACCAUCAAAUCCGCGUCGGAGUCCUCACAGUGAGUGAUAGCUGCUUCAGGAAUCUUGCAGAAGACCGCAGUGGGAUAAAUCUAAAAGAUCUUGUCCAAGAUCCUUCUUUAUUGGGUGGGACUAUAUCAGCAUACAAGAUAGUACCAGAUGAAAUAGAAGAAAUUAAGGAAACACUCAUAGACUGGUGUGAUGAAAAGGAACUUAAUUUGAUAUUAACAACUGGAGGAACAGGGUUUGCACCACGAGAUGUCACUCCAGAGGCCACAAAAGAAGUAAUAGAACGGGAAGCGCCAGGGAUGGCCCUGGCAAUGCUGAUGGGAUCACUUAAUGUUACACCUCUGGGCAUGCUCUCUAGACCAGUGUGUGGAAUAAGGGGGAAAACUCUGAUAAUUAACCUACCUGGUAGCAAGAAAGGAUCUCAGGUAAUACUGCCAGCUCUACCUCAUGCCAUUGACCUUUUACGUGAUGCCAUUGUAAAAGUAAAGGAGGUGCAUGAUGAACUUGAAGAUUUACCUUCCCCACCACCUCCUCUUUCUCCACCUCCUACAACUAGCCCACAUAAACAGACAGAAGACAAAGGAGUUCAGUGUGAAGAAGAGGAAGAAGAAAAGAAAGACAGUGGUGUAGCUUCAACAGAAGAUAGCUCCUCAUCACAUAUAACUGCAGCAGCUCUUGCUGCAAAGAUUCCAGACUCCAUCAUUUCUCGUGGUGUUCAGGUGCUCCCACGAGACACAGCCUCCCUUAGCACUACUCCUUCAGAAUCGCCCCGUGCUCAGGCUACAUCUCGCCUCUCUACAGCUUCUUGUCCAACACCAAAACAAAUUAGACGGCCGGAUGAAAGCAAAGGAGUUGCUAGUAGAGUUGGAUCCCUCAAAGCUCGGCUUCCGUCGUGCUCAUCUACCUAUAGUGUAUCUGAGGUCCAGUCCAGGUGCAGCAGCAAGGAGAACAUUCUAAGAGCCAGUCACAGUGCCGUAGAUAUCACCAAGGUGGCUAGAAGACAUCGCAUGUCUCCUUUUCCGCUGACGUCUAUGGACAAAGCCUUCAUUACAGUCCUGGAGAUGACUCCGGUGCUUGGUACAGAAAUCAUCAAUUACCGAGAUGGAAUGGGGCGAGUCCUUGCUCAAGAUGUAUAUGCAAAAGACAACCUACCCCCAUUCCCUGCAUCAGUAAAAGAUGGCUAUGCUGUUCGAGCUGCUGAUGGUCCAGGGGAUCGUUUCAUCAUUGGGGAAUCCCAAGCUGGUGAACAGCCAACUCAGACAGUAAUGCCAGGACAAGUGAUGCGGGUUACAACAGGUGCUCCAAUCCCCUGCGGUGCUGAUGCAGUAGUACAAGUUGAAGAUACUGAACUCAUCAGGGAAUCAGAUGAUGGUACUGAAGAACUUGAAGUACGAAUUCUGGUGCAAGCUCGGCCAGGCCAAGAUAUCCGACCCAUCGGCCAUGACAUUAAGAGAGGGGAGUGCGUUUUGGCCAAAGGAACACAUAUGGGCCCUUCAGAGAUUGGUCUCCUUGCAACUGUGGGUGUCACAGAAGUGGAAGUUAAUAAGUUUCCAGUGGUUGCCGUUAUGUCAACAGGGAAUGAGCUGCUAAAUCCUGAAGAUGAUCUCUUACCAGGAAAAAUUCGGGACAGCAAUCGAUCAACACUUCUAGCAACAAUUCAGGAACAUGGUUACCCAACAAUCAACCUGGGAAUUGUAGGAGACAACCCAGAUGACUUACUCAAUGCCUUGAAUGAGGGUAUCAGCCGUGCAGAUGUCAUCAUCACGUCAGGAGGUGUAUCCAUGGGGGAAAAGGAUUAUCUCAAGCAGGUGCUGGACAUUGAUCUUCAUGCUCAGAUCCAUUUUGGCAGAGUUUUUAUGAAGCCAGGCUUGCCAACAACAUUUGCAACUUUGGAUAUUGAUGGUGUAAGAAAAAUUAUUUUUGCACUACCAGGGAAUCCUGUAUCAGCUGUGGUCACCUGCAACCUCUUUGUUGUACCUGCACUGAGAAAAAUGCAGGGUAUCUUGGAUCCUCGGCCAACCAUCAUCAAAGCCAGGUUAUCGUGUGAUGUAAAACUGGACCCUCGCCCAGAAUACCACCGGUGUAUACUGACUUGGCAUCACCAAGAACCACUGCCCUGGGCCCAGAGUACAGGUAAUCAGAUGAGCAGCCGUCUGAUGAGCAUGCGCAGUGCCAAUGGAUUAUUGAUGCUACCUCCAAAGACAGAACAGUACGUGGAACUUCACAAAGGCGAGGUGGUAGAUGUCAUGGUCAUUGGACGGCUAUGAUGGUGACCAACAGGAGAAAGUUUUGAUGCAUGUCCACAUAUCAUUGACUGUAUCCUGUAAUAUGCAACGGCACAGCUAGUUUUUCUGAUCUGGAUAAAAGUUGAUCUGUAUACUCAACAUCUUGAACUAUAUUUCAAAUGAAUUUAAAUACCUUUUAAAGAAAAAAAAACACCUAAGAAUAAAUCUCAACAGACAACUCUAUUCUGAUUAUAUCAAAGCAAAAUUUUCCUUUCUUGCAAAUUGCUUUGUGUGUUCAAUGCUAGGUCUGAUAGCGAUAGCUUUUAGUAGACAGCGGUAGGUGCCUGCAGAACUUGUGUUUUUCUCAUCUUUAAAUACAACUACUUAUGCUCUUAAUCAAGGCUGUCUGCUUCUUUAUACUAGUGUAGGCAACACUUGGAUUUCCCUUCUUAGUAUGCUUCAUAACUGCUUUACAGAGAGCUUUUGCUUGUUCUUUAUCAUGUAUCUCGUGUUUAUGUGCACCAUGCCAAAAGAGGAGACUGCGCGGAGGCCCCGCCCUGCCGCAAGAACCUUCCCUGCUGAGCACCCAGGGAAGGUCUCACCCUAGCAGCCUCACGCCACAGUACUCGCAGGCAGUAACUGGAUACCUUUUAUUUGAACAAACAAACUGGGGGAAAUGCUUCCUUAAGUGCUGACAGCCUUUUUAACCAACACAUUUAAAAUUGUACAGAACAAAAAUAAAAUCAAAGACUGAUCUUGUACAGAUAUUAGUGUUACCAGCAUUCACGUGGAAAUCAAGAGCAAAAACAAUGUUAAACAACUCUGUACCAUAACAUUUUCUGUAAUGAUAAUGAAACCUAAUGAAUAAAAAAAAAAAUCCUGAUCAUUAUUUAAAAA